AUGCCACGGAGGAAGCGGACAGCAGGCAGCAGCUCGGACGGCACGGAGGACUCUGACUUCUCAGCAGAGGAACCAGCUGAGGUGGUGCGCAGACGCAGCAGCACACGUCUAACUCGAGCAUCUCUCCGUCUCAGUCGGAGCUCCCAAGAUACACAAACUUCAGACCGCAAAGUCCGGAGCAGCUCUCCAGUGGCACCAAAUGAAAGCCGGAGAGAAUCAGUUGCAGCAUCCAUUUUCACAUCUGGACGCAGAAUCACACGCAGCCAGUUGGGGGCAGCAAAUGCCACAGCCAAGAAGUACCCACUGCGCCAAAGCAGAUCAUCAGGCUCAGACACUGAGACAAACGAGUUAAAACAUGGGGCAGACCGAGAUGAGAGUCCUCCUCGGACCCCCACUGGUAACACCCACUCAUCUGAGUCCGACAAUGAGGUUUCCAGUCCUGCGAAUGACAUCACUGAGGAUGAGAGGUUGGCCAAGGAGCUGUCACUCAAAGAGGCUGCGGCCCACGACCUGUCCCAUCGACCCAAAAGACGACGCUUCCAUGAAAGUUACAACUUCAACAUGAAGUGCCCGACUCCAGGAUGUAACUCACUGGGUCAUCUAACUGGAAGACACGAGAGGCAUUUCUCCAUAUCCGGAUGUCCUCUUUAUCACAAUCUGUCUUCUGAUGAAAGCAAGGGCAAAGCUACAGUGCGAGACAAGCAGGCGGAGGAAAGGGCGCUAUCACACCGUCAGGACGAGAACAGGCACUCCACAAGAAGCCAGGCGCCUUCGGACCGUCAGUUACGCUACAAAGAAAAAGUGACAGAGCUCAGACGAAAGAAGAGCACUACUCCAAACAAGGAGCACAAAGACAAGCACAUUGAUCAUCGUCCGAGCCACGCCAGCUGCAGAGAACCUCUUUUGGAGAACAUCACCAGUGACUAUGACCUGGAGCUGUUCAGGAAGGCACAAGCCCGAGCCUCAGAGGACCUGUGUGUCUUCUCACAGGAAAAGCUGCGACUUGCAGGCCAUGUGUCUGAGGGCGGCAACAUGAUAAAGACCAUAGUGUUUGGUCGAUACGAGCUGGACACCUGGUAUCACUCCCCUUACCCAGAAGAGUACGCUCGUCUGGGGAGGCUCUACAUGUGCGAGUUCUGCCUCAAAUAUAUGAAGAGUCAGACCAUUCUGCGCAGACACAUGGCCAAAUGCGUGUGGAAGCAUCCUCCAGGUGACGAGAUCUACAGAAAGACCAAUAUCUCUGUGUUUGAGGUGGAUGGCAAAAAAAACAAGAUUUAUUGCCAGAACCUGUGUCUACUGGCCAAGCUUUUCCUGGAUCACAAAACUCUAUAUUACGACGUUGAGCCAUUUCUCUUUUAUGUUAUGACCGAAGCAGACAACACAGGCUGCCAUCUUAUCGGCUAUUUCUCCAAGGAGAAGAACUCUUUUCUGAACUACAACGUGUCAUGUAUCUUGACCAUGCCUCAGUACAUGCGGCAAGGCUACGGCAAGAUGCUCAUUGACUUCAGUUACCUCCUGUCUAAAGUCGAGGAAAAGGUGGGGUCCCCGGAGCGGCCCCUGUCGGACUUGGGCCUCAUCAGCUACAGGAGUUACUGGAAGGAGGUUCUACUGCGAUAUCUCAACAACUUCCAGGGCAAAGAAAUCUCCAUCAAAGGCCCACACGAAGAAGAAUUGAUGAGUUAA